CAAACUUCAGUGCGCUCCACCACUUCCACCAGUUAACCGACUGGUCUAUAUUAUAGUAAACUUUUGAUAAUGUGGCAAUUACUAUUUAUAAUCUGUUUAGUAAACAAAAGUGCAUCUCAGAUCAUAUCUACCGAAGAAAAAGAAGAAGUUUCUUAUCAAGUGGCUGGUAUCUUCGAGUCCAAUACUUUGAUUCAGCAACUUGCGUUCAAUGAGAGCGUUUUCGACGUCCACCUCCCGGAUUAUCAGCUGACCGCGACUGUGUUGAAUCCAUCCAGGAAUGACAGCUACUCAGUAUGGGAAUCGUUAUGUUCGGAUAGUGAAAUGCGACCCAUAGCGGUACUAGGUCCCCUAAAUAGCUUGACAAACGGCGCCGUUCGGGAUCAAUGCUGUAUCGCUAACAUACCUUACGUCCAAGCGAGCUGGCAGUUUUCCGAUCCUGAUUUUGAUUUUGAAGAAGAAGACGAAGAAGAAGAAGAAGAGACUCUAUUGAUAGAAAAUGAAGAAACAGACGAAGAGAAAGUAGAAGAAAUUUUGUUUAAAAAUAUAACUAUUAAUUUCUUUCCUGAUCCGAAUGAAGUAGCUGUAGCCUACUCAAAACUUUUGAAGUAUUACAAAUGGGAUAGUUUUGCGGCUCUUUAUGAAGAUGAAUUUGGUCUGUUGAGGAUACAAAAAAUAUUAGCUGAACAUACUACUAAAUACCCAGUAUAUCUUAGAAAAUUGGAUCCUUCUGGGGAAAAUCUCAAUGUUUUCAAAGACUUAAAUAAGUACCAAGAUGCUAGUCGAUUUUUGUUGGAUUGUAGCGCGGAUCGCAUAUUAAAAUAUUUAGAUGAUGCCAAAUUAUUAAAAAUGGUUGAUCAUUACCAGCAUUACAUUCUAGUAUCGCUGGAUUCGUACACUGUGGCGGACACUCUCACGAAGUACGCGUCGAACAUCACUUGGUUGAGCCUGACAGAGCACGCGGUGUUGAGCAACGCUCAGCACUACCUCGCCCCACGCGUGGCUAAGUGGUCCAGCCAGCGCUCCACCGCUCCACCUGUCACUAAUUUCACGUUAGAGUCGUUACUGAUGGACGAUAUGGCCAACCACAUCCUGAAAGCAGUCCAGAGCCUGGGAGACGAUUUCCAAGCUCCUGAAAGUCACGUGUGUGAUGCUGAAGCCGCUCCCUGGGCUUAUGGCGCGAAACUACAAAAUGCCAUAUUACAAAUAUCGACAAAAGGCGUGACUGGUAAUAUUACAUUCGACGAGAGCGGAAAGCGCGCCAACUACACGUUGUUCGUCAAUGAAAUCUACGGCUCUCAGCUCAAGACGAUCGGCAAAUGGGACUCCAACAAUGACACCCAGAUCAUUGAGGACCGCCCCAUCUCUGACCUGACUGCCGGACAACUCACCUCCAAGCAUUUUAUUGUAAUAUCAAGAAAAUACAAACCUUAUUUCUACGAGAAGACACCGUGCGAAGGGGAUGACUGUGACAAAUCUGACAAAGACGAAAAAUAUGAAGGUUUUUCUGUGGACCUCGUCAAGGGGAUUUUCGAUAUACUGAGACAGGAAAACUUCAACUAUACGUAUGAAUUUGUUCACGACAAAGAUAAAGGGUAUGGCACGUACAACUCAAAGACUAAGAAAUGGGACGGAUUGAUUGGAGACUUGCUCGAUAAAAAAGCAGACUUAGCGGUAUGCGACUUGACAAUAACAGAAGAAAGAAAGAAAGUGGUAGAUUUCUCCGUGCCUUUCAUGACUUUAGGAAUAAGCAUAUUGUACACGAAGGAGAAGCCGAUCGCUCCACCGAUGUUCUCUUUUCUUCUGCCGUACACCUUAGAAGUGUGGAUGCAUAUUGCUACUGCAUACUGCGUCGUAUCUGUCGUACUCUUCGUGUGUUCCAGGAUAUCCCCUGCCGACUGGGAAAACCCGGUGCCUUGCGACAAAGACCCAGAAGAGUUGGAGAACAUCUGGAACUUCAAGAAUUGCACCUGGCUGACUAUGGGCUCCAUCAUGACACAGGGCUGCGACAUUUUGCCUAAAGCAAUCGGCACGAGGUGGGUGUGUGGAAUGUGGUGGUUUUUCGCGAUGAUAGUCUGCCAGACGUACAUCGCGCAGUUGUCGGCUUCCAUGACCUCCGCGCUGGAGAUCGAGCCCAUCAACAGCAUCGAGGACCUCGCCAAACAGAACAAAGUGCUUUACGGAGCCAUCGACGGAGGAUCCACUUACGAGUUCUUCAAAACAUCAAAAGAUAAAAUAUACCGUAAAAUAUUCGAAACGAUGGAAGCCAACCCGAGCCUACUCGUGAAGACCAACGACGAAGGAGAGAACAGAGUUCUCAAAAGCAAGAACAAAUAUGCGUUCUUCAUGGAAUCUUCCACCAUUGAAUAUAAGCAGAAAAGGAAGUGCGAACUAAAAAAAGUUGGAAGUCAAUUGGACUCCAAAGAUUAUGGAAUUGCUAUGCCCACAAAUUCUCCAUUUCGAAGUCACAUCAACAGAGCUAUUUUGAGGUUAAAAGAAUUGACCAUGUUAGAAGAGAUCAAAUCCAAAUGGUGGGACAGUAAGAAGUACGGAGCUGUCGACUGUGAUGAGAAAGCAAACGAAGACACAGACAUAGAAGGUAACUUAGAGAUGGAGAAUCUUGUGGGAGCCUUCGUGGUACUAGCUGUGGGUCUCUUUUUCUGCAUGUUCGUGGUGGCUGCGGAGUUCAUGAAUGAAAUACGGAAUAUUGUAGUUCGAGAACAGGUGACCCAUAAGGAGGCUAUAAUCAAAGAGCUGCGGGCUUCGCUGAAUUUCUUCCAGCUGCAGAAGCCAGUGCUGCGCAACCCGAGCCGCGCGCCCUCCGCCGCCUCCCAAAGCGAUAAGAUGGACCCUAUGGCUGCCCUCACUGACAACUUUAUGGAGUUUGAAAAACAACCCCACUAAAUGACUCUUUACUGUUUUGUUAUAUCCUCGACUGUAACUCUGCUCGAGUCUGCUAAAAAAAUUUACUCCAAUCGAAUGCAAAAAACAAAUACCACUGGUAUUCGUUUUAACUCAAAUUUAUUUGCUACUAGAUACAUGCUUUCGCGGACUUUUUUAUAGAAAUUUUGAAGCUUUAAAUCUUUCCCAUAGAAACCAUACAUGUAUCUAUAACCGGCAUUUAAUGUGAAAAUCUCGACUGUUUUUUGCCUACUUACUUUGCAUUCGGAAAAGCAAAUUUUGCAUUAAAACAACUUCUCCGUAUUAGUUUUUGUUACUCGUAAUUAAAAAGCCUGUACUCUACAAUUUGCUAAUAAAAUCUUUUGCGUUAAUAAAAUCUUCUGCUUAAAAUAAAA